GGGCGCAGCGCUCGGCACAGCACCGAGCGGCGAGCCGACUGAGGGAACUCGCUUUCCUGUCGAAAGAGGGCAAAAAUUCGCCCCGACUGACUUUAUCCUUCAACUUUUGAGGGGAAUUCGGAGUCGAUGAAGGAGUUUAGCCUGGCGCUGACGCGUUUCCCGCGACUUCUUUACCGUUUCGGCCGGGCUUCUCCGUCGCUUGACACCAGGAAGCGAACAGGUGAAACGCACCUGCUCGGGACCGUCAUGAGUGUCGUGUGAGGAGAGAAACUGCGGUGAAACCUCCGGAAUUCUGGCUCGUUUUGAGCGCUGAAUGAGCCGCGGCAUGUUCCCCUGCGCGGCGGAGUGGAAGCCCUGCUGACUUCGCCGACGAGCUCGACUCGCCUGUUUGUUUGUUUGUUUGUUUGUUUGUUUGUUUUCUUGGUCUCUCUCUCAACCCCUUAAGCCCUGUGCGGGAAGGGAAAGGGAGCAGAACCUGGGCGAGAAAAUAAGGUUUAAUGGGAAACCAAGUGGAAAAACUGACCCAUUUGACUUACAGCGAAGUUCCCACGGCGGACCCGAACGGAUACGAGCCGGAGGACGACUGUCCGCGGAUCGGCGUGUCGUACAUCUUUUCCAAUGACGACGAGCAGGAGGACCACGACGUGGAGAAGGACGACGAGGGGAGCCAGUACGACGGCAGGAACGAGCUGGAGUGCGCCGUGUUUUACCGCGACGAGUGCGUGUACGAGAGGAACCCCAGGUCCAUCGAGAUGGCCACGCAGCCCUGCGAGCACCUGCUGAACGAGUGCAAAGCCGGUGACCUGCUGGAGUUCGUGGCGGCCGGCCAGUAUCCACACUGGGCCGUGUACGUGGGGGACUUCCAGGUGGUCCACCUGCACCGGAGCGAGAUUAAGGUGGACUUUCUCGUGGACGCCAGCCAGGGCAAACCAGGCCGAGUCGUGAACGAGCUGUACAAGUUCCGGCCCCUGCGCCCGGACGCUGUGGUCCAGGCGGCGAUGGAUCAAGUCGGAGCCAAGGACGGUGAUCUGUGCUGGAGGAACUCCGAGUGUUUCGCCGCCUGGUGUCGCUUUGGCAGGCGGGAGUUCAAGACCGGCGGCGAGAUCCGCAUCGGCAAGCAGCCGUACAGGAUGAAGCUGCAGCUGAGCGAGAAGAAGAGCCACGUGUUGGAGUUCCAGAGCCUGGAGGACUUGAUCAUGGAGAAGAGGAGGAACGACCAGAUAGGGCGGGAGGCGGUGGUGCAGGAGCUGGCCAACCAUUUGAACUGCAGCGAGGAGAUCGAUGGCCAUUAUGGUUGUAACUGAUGAGGCAAGCGUUUCCCAAACUUCCAGCCCUGGAGGCCCUACCUGAAGCCCUACCUGCCCGUUUCCUGCUGAUUCAGCCCAAAGAAGGACUUGAUCACAGAGUAACGAAUGACUCGGGUGGAGCAGAAGCACAGAACUGUGAAAUGCAGGUGGAGUACAGUCGGUGCGUGACCUGGAGCGUGUAGAAAGUGGGCCUCAGAGAUGAUCGUCACCUUUAAUGAAGUAAAAGAAAGUAGAAUCUGCUUUCUUUCCUGUAACGUCUCAACCAAGUCUGUGCCCCGGGCGUAUUAUUGAGUUAUGUAGAGAAAGACGUGUAGCUCACGAUUUUCAGUUUGAUUCAUGAAACUGGGCUUAUGGUGUGAAAAUGAGGCUGGAGCGAUGUGGUGUUGAUGUUCACACUGUGCAAUUACAUUAUAUUAUGGCAUAAUUCAUAAAAUGAGUUCUUCACAAUGCACUGUCACAGUUUAUGUGCAUUAUAUCACGACUGUACGAUGCAUUGUUACACCCCUAUCUAGGCCCCCCCCCCAUCCCCCGACUCCUAGUGGGCAAAAAGCAGCAUAAAUAGUGAUAUAAGGCAGCCAGUAUAAACUGUAGUGGGCCCGGACGCUAUGGGGCCACCUGCACUGUCAGUCCUGGUCCUGGGGUGACCCGUAUAUUUUCGCUGUAUUUCAAGUCGCUGUAAAACAAGUAUUUCCCAGAUUAUCCAGGCAAUUGUGAAGCGUUGCUACUGGUCCAAUUAUCAUGACACAACUUGAAGUGCAUCUGUUGUAUGUAGAAAACGAAACGUUUUGGGCGGCGACAGGCUGCUGGUGUUAUCCUUGCUCUAACAAACCAGAUCCAUCUAAUUAGGGUGUGUUCGAGCAGGGAAAACACUAAAACGUGCUUCUAAAAGGACUAUUUAAAGUUCAGGUUUGGGAUUAUUUCACAAAGCAGGGCUUCUCAGUAAAGCUGGAUAAACCAGCCUUAUCCACAGUGUUGGUUGUACAGUAUGAAUGCUCCUCAAACGAUCCGGCUAACGGAGAAAGCUUGCUUUGUGGGAUUGAGUUGGGAAAUACUGGCUUUGGGGUUUUGAUCCGAGUCCUUUGGGACUCUUGUUUGUCCGCCUGAGCCAAGUAAGGGCUGUAGAGCAGCGUUUUCCAUCUUCAGUCCUGUAGGCUCAACCUGGUGUGGUGAUGAGUUAAGAUGCUGGGAAAACCCACCAUCACGCAGUGUAGACGGACUGCAGGACUGGAGAUGGGAGGCACCAGCGUAGGUAAAAGUGAAGGGUUUCCGUGUGGGCAGCUUGUACAGAGAUGCCUCGGAGUAGUCAUUGCUAAAGGUCAACGACUGAAAGAUUCCAAGUUCUCGGCCGAGUCGGAAACUUUUUCUAUGGUAGUAUUUGCAGCAGAAAUAUAUGCACCUUUUAUAAAUCUGACACUUUUCUACUCAUUUAAACGUUCCUUAUUCUUUCAGAUUUCCGAAGGCAGUGAAGGUCUGUUGUGCUGAACGCUGACAGCCUUUUCUGUGAGGCCUGUGAAGCAUCUAAUCCUGCAUUUCUUUGGAAACAGUUUGUCAUUGUUAUUUUUGUAUGCAGACCCAUAGCACAGUCCGUCUCACUGGAUCAAUAAAGCAUGUGUUUAUUUUCACUA